AUGUCACCUCCCGCGCGCCGUCGCAUUCCUUUCCGUGUCCUCUCCGGCACCUCACCUCACCUCACCUCACAACCGCAUCAGGACAUCCAAGGCAUCCCCUGGGAACGGCUCCAGUUCAACCGCUCGACAUACAGAGAAACGCGCCUACGCCAGUACCGCAACUAUACAAACGUUCUGCCUGACAACAACGGCGGCGCCUACCGAGCCGAGCUCGCGCCUCUCUGCGCCGCGCCGCGGCGCGCCGGAACUGCCGCCACCACCGCGCGUGGACCGCCCUUCUUUACCUUUGUCCGCAACAGUCGUGCCGUACAGUCCAACAUCGUACAUUUCCAGCUCCGGAACCUAGUCUGGGCCAGCAGCCCGAACGACGUGUUUGUUGUGCACGACAACUGCGUCAAGCAUUGGAAUCCUGCAGCGCGAACGAUAACGGAGGUUUUGAAUCUUGGGGGUGGAGGUGGUGGAGAUGGUGGAGGCGGAGGCGGUGGCGCCGUCCACCGCGCCGGUGACGACAUCAGUCGUAUUCGGUCCCUUGGACGAGUGCAAGUCAGCACGUUGUGUGUUUCUGGCGACCUAGUUGCUGCGGGUGGCUUCACCGGGGAGCUCGUGGUGAAGCGCCUCAGGACCAAAGAGCCCUUUGCCGUACACCGAGUCUCAUCUUGCGACAACGGUAUCACCAACGGUCUGGAGAUAUUCAACGAUCGAGCCCACGGGACCGUUAUUAUGUCGGCUAAUAACGACCAGAAGUUGCGGCUUUUUGCGGCGGCGCAUGGGGAGGGCAGUUUGCGGCCGUUGGCUCAGUGGCCGUUUGACUGGGCGGUUAACUACGCGACCAUAAGGCCCCAUUCCCAUUUGGCGGCGGUGGUUGGGGACGAUUCGGCCACGUUGCUCAAGGACGUGCACAACGGCGCCGACGUGGCUCGGCUGGAGGGUCAUCAGGACUUCUCCUUCGCCGCCUCCUGGCACCCCGGCGGGGUGCUGCUGGCCACCGGCAACCAGGAUACCACCACCUUGGUCUGGGAUGUACGACAGACGAGGGAGCCGCUUACGAGGCUGGCGGGAAGGAUGGGCGCGAUUCGGUCUUUGCGCUUCACAGCCGACGGCCGCUUCCUGGCCAUGAGUGAACCCGCUGAUUUCGUACACGUGUACGACGUGGCGAGCGGCUUCCAGGAAUGCCAGGAACAUGACUUUUUCGGUGAGAUUGCGGGCAUCGCCUUCACGCCUGACUCUUCCAGCCUGUUUGUGGGCAUCUCCGACCUCACGUAUGCCUCGCUCAUGCAGCUGGAGCGCCAGCGGUGUGAGUGGUGGUAG